UGGUGGCAGCAGCAGCAGCAGCAGCAGCAUUGUUGUUGCUGAAGUGAGGUGAGAGUGAAGAUAUGAAGGAGGCAGAUGCUAUUUACUAUGUGCCAACUAAUACCAUCAGUGGGUAGCAUUGAUAUUUAGUAGUACCACCACUGCUACUAUGCUGUUCAUGGCAUUGCCAUCUCAUCUAGAUGGAGCAGACGGGUGAAAUGAGAUGAAAAUGCCUGGCGCUAGGCAGUACAUUGUCUGUACAUUAUGCUAUAAAGACGUGAGAGAUAAGAUGAGGCCGUCCCCGAUUAGUGCCAUCACCACACUAUUGGACAUGGAGUCGCCAUGCAGGUACUCUGCGCUGCAGCACUGGCGCCGCGUCUGCACAAGUCACUCCCACGCACGCUCCCCUGCCAGCGGUCGGUCGCUCGCUCGCUUAAUGCUAUUCCCGGCAAACACUCUUGACUCUGAGUCUCGCUGCCGCAAUCUCUCAGGGCCUCGCACUGCACUUCACAGGCCUCCUCCUCCCGAGCUUAGCGCCCCCCCGAGCGCGGGCAUCUUGAAACCGCCCCUGCAGGGCCCUCCUCCGCGCCGCCUGAGUGGCCGCUGUGCAGCCGAUCGCCUCAGCACUACCAGGGGACGCUCAGGCACCUGUGGCCUGUGAUUGGCGCGCGGCUUUGGGGGGGCACCCCUGCUGCUUUUGAAGCUGCUGGGCUCGGCCGGUCUGGGGAGGGGAUGCGUUGGGCGGCGAUCUUUGGCUGCUUCCGGUUUCACAUUGAUCCAAC